AUGCUACGCUGCCCAGCUGCAGGUGCACAACCCCAGCAAGUGGGCUGGGCACCUAGUGCCCAGCUUGCUGGCCCAGCAAUCAAUGUGAUCUCUCCCAAUGUUGUGCAGGAUAUCCACCAUCAAACUGCUGGUGCCCAGUGCAAUGUCUAUGAAGGAGGCAAGUCACCUGUGCAGGCUGUCGGUCCACAGUUCAACCACACCCUUGCUAGUCCAUUUGCAAAUGCAGGUGCAGUGCCUGUACCUGCAUUUGCUGGUCAUGUACCAGUGUUUGCUGGUCAGGCACCUGCAUAUGCUGGCCCCUUCCCAGCAUUUGCUGGUCAGAUUCCAGCAUUUCAAGGCUCAAACCAGAUGCCUGGGCUUGCCGCUGUGCCAGGUUUUGCUUUGAACACAGGCACCUCCCCACUGGGCUACAACACCAAUCACAUGAUGUACUCCCAGCAGUGCCAGCUGGUCAAGAUGGCAGUCAAUGCACCUUGUGCUGAGAUGAUGAGAGUUGAUACCUCCAUCCAGCAUCUGGUGGACAGGAAGAGCAAGUCAAAGCAGCUGGGGAACACAUCCAAGCAAUUGAAUAACAUCCCUGCAACUCUACUGGCUGCCAAACUGAAGCAGUACAUCUUCACCCAGCUGUAUCAGAAGAUACAGCAGGACGCGCAUGAAUUUCUGUUCCGGCUGGAAUUCUUCAAGCUGUGUGGACCUGGGCUGGCUGAUUUGGAGAAGGAUCUGACUGUCCCAGCAGUAUACCAGCAGUGCUUCAAGGAGCACAUGAAGAAUGGGAUGACAACACACGUUUUCCAGCCCAACUAUCUGGUCGAAGCCUUCCUGCUUAUUAAGAAGGAGGUCUGGCCAGCUGUGAGCCUGUGGAUAGAGGAAGCAACUGAGGGCAUUUCUCAUUUGGACAUUGUAAUUCCUGGGCUAGUUCUGAGCACAGCUGUCCCAAGCACAGCUCUUGCUACUGGGACUGACCCAGCUCCCAUGCUGGCAGCAUCUGGCCAAUCUAAGCAUCCAUCUGUGAAUGUCACUCCCCCUUGUCCUACCAAGUGGGUUGCAAGGGAGCUGGAAAAUAGCCCAGAUGAUGCAGCAAUUGUCCAUGUGUUGAUGCACUCUGAUCACCUCAAGGUAUCCCAAGUGAAUGUCCUGCAAGUGGACAAACAAGUCAAGAACAUGCUUGGCCAGCCCAGUACCUUCAAGACUGCACACCCCACACACCUCACUCUGGGCAAGUACCCUCUGACAUGGCAAGUGCUGGGCAAUGCCCAGCCCUUUCUGGUGGGACAUCCGACAGAGGUUGCUGCCAAGCAAUACUUUGUGUGGAGCAAGCCUGGUGGGCCCCAUCAUUAUGUCCAGAUCCCAGUUGAGUCUACAUUCCUGGAGCAAGAAGGGAGCAUUCUGUACUGGGCCACUGCACUGCAUGAGCUGUCCAAGUCAUUUGUCCAGCAAUAUCUGGACAUGAAUCCAAACUUGACUGCCAGCCAGCUUGAGCAUCCAGAGACCCGCAUGGUACAAGGUGGGCUGUUCCAGUAUCAGAAAGACAGUCCUUCACAGCAUGGAGGACUGGUCACUCUGAUCAAGGAGAAGGUUGUUGGCCCACUGGUCUGA